UCAACUUCAAGUGGGUAUCAGACCGGCAUUAUCGUUACAACGACUGGAUGGCUCUCCUCAUGGUCGUCAACAUUUGCUCCCACAAAUCCAGGAAACAAUCAACACAAAACCAAACAUCACAAAAACAAAAACAAAAGAUUCCCAGAAACUACAACCAUCAUGAAGCUCGCUGCUCUAUUCUUCUUUGCCUUUGCCACCAGCCAGGUCAUUGCAGGCUCACUUCGCAAUCUCCAACGCUGCCAAGAGGUACCCCCGAAUACGGCCUGCCCUUACAUCUAUGACCCUGUGGAGUGUGGUUCCAGCUACAGCUGCUCCUAUGACAAUGAGUGUUUGGCUACUGCGGCUGGAUACAACAUUGACUACUGUCAACCUGCUGAGCCUCUCUGCCCAGAGCCAGGCAACAACCUUUGCCCCCGUAAUUUGUAUCCGGUUGCCUGCCCGAAUCGAAUCGGUGGAGAAUGCAUCUACGACAAUGCAUGCCUUGCUCAAGCCGCCAACUUUGUGAAUUGCUCCCCGGUCUAUGAAGAAUGCCGUGAACCAGGUGACAAUCGAUGCUCUCGCGAGCAGAAGCCCGUUUUGUGCGGAGACCAAUAUCAAUGCGAGUUUUCCAAUGAGUGCUUGGCACAGGCAGCUGACUAUGUGGAUUGCAUCUCUGCGUUCUAAUGCAGUGUGCCUGCCAGACAGAACCACAAUGAUACCAGCCAGCUGAAGAAGCACAGAUAGAACUGUAUAUUUAUAAGAUUGAUAAUUCUUAGAAAGAAGAAGAAUAUAUCGCUCUUCUGGCUCUGUUAUCGGCAACAGAUGCAUGGUUUGUUGACGAGCACAAUCAAGGAGCCGCAAGGGAAGCAAGACUCAUAAAAGAAAACUAUCGUCUGACAAAUUAUCGAUUCGUAAUGCCUACAGUCAUGGUGUUGAAAAACAACCAACACAGAACAGAGCUAGACACUUAUUUAGUGCCUAGACACUCAAACAGCAUCCAU